AUGAAUUCUGUCAAAUCAUCUUUGUCGUCUUUUUUUAAUAAUUACAAAGAUUGGGUUUGUAGAAAUCCACAAACAGCAAGUGAAAUUGAAUCUAGCAUUAAAUGGUUGUCGUAUUUUGCAGCAGGGAAAGUCAAUAAUUCUAUAAUUGUAACAGAGUUAGUGUAUUCAGCAUCAAAUUUAUUAGUUUUAUUCAAUGACAUUAUAAUAUUAUCCUCUCAAAAAAAGUUUUGUAAUUAUGGAAACAAAAUUAAAAUUUGGUUAAGUGUUUUAGAAUAUACUGAAGUUUUUCUGGAAAUAUCCUCUAAAAGUGUUUGGGGGAAAAAGGGAAAAUGGACAGUAGUGGUUUCUAUUCAAUUAAUGAAAUGUAUAUUAAAAUUUAUUUUAUUAAUAAAUUUCAAACAAAAUAUUAUAUCUCAGCCACCUAUAUUGCCUCAGAAAAGAAAUACAGUAGGAUUUAAUGGUAAUUAUUCAGAUGAAAUAUUAAAAAUAAACAAAAUUGCCUUUUCGUUAAAACGAUCUGGAAGAAUUAUUAGGAAAGUUAGUGCUUCUCCUUCUUUUCACAACAGGCUUUGGAAGCCUCCAUAUUUCUCGUCAGAUAAAAUCAAUACGGAAGACCAACAAAAAAUAAUUACUCAGCCUCAAAUUUUAAUCGGAGAGAUGUUAUAUAUUUCAAAACCGAUUCUCAUCCUAAUUACAAUUUUAAAAUAUGGGCAAAGAACUUGGGUACCAUGGCUUCUUUUAUAUUUAGUUCAAUUAGAAUCGAAGAAUCAUUCCAAUAAUAAUAAUAAUAAUUACACUCCAGGACAAAAAUUAGAAAUAUCAAGGCGAAAAUUAUUACUUUUGUUAUACUUGAUGAAAUCACCUUUUUACGAAAGGCACAGCAAAGAUUUAAUUGUUGGAUUUUUAAAUAGUUUAUCGAAAAAUAUUCCCUUGGCUAAAUUUAUUUGCAAACCAAUUUUACAAUAUCUUCCACAUUGGCAAGAAACUUAUUUCUAUUUAUGGUCAUCUUAA